CGGAGCUCGGUCUCUCCCCAGCAAGUUCUCAGCCGCUCCCGGUUCAGACCCAACCAGGGAGCCGCGAGCGGGGCUCACCGUCCCCCGAAGGGCAGGACUCCGGGGCAGUCGAGCGCUCCCGCGUGUCGGGCGCUCCGAGUCCCCGCAGCCGGAGAGGAGCCAGGACUCUAGAGCUCCGGGGGUGCCUGUGGAAUCCAGCGCCUCUGGCUUCCCGGGUCCCCCGCAGCGGAGCCCCAGAGACGCCCUCAGCCCGGGACCGCCGCGGAACAAGAUUGAGAUCAAGACCCCACUGCAACUACCACAAUGGGCAGCAAAACCUUGCCAGCACCGGUGCCCAUUCACCCAUCCCUGCAGCUCACCAACUACUCCUUCCUUCAGGCAGUGAACGGCCUGCCCACGGUGCCCUCGGACCACCUGCCCAACCUGUAUGGUUUCAGUGCCUUGCACGCUGUGCACCUGCACCAGUGGACGCUGGGCUACCCCGCCAUGCACUUGCCGCGCUCCUCUUUCUCCAAAGUGCCGGGCGCCAUGUCCAGCCUGGUGGACACGCGCUUCCCACUGCCCGCCUUUCCCUGGUUUCCUCAUGUAAUCCAGCCUAAGCCCGAGAUCACCGCUGGAGGCAGUGGCCCCUCCGCACUCAAGACCAAGCCACGCUUUGAUUUUGCCAACCUGGCUUUGGCUGCCACGCAGGAAGAUCCAUCCAAGCUUGCCCGGGGGGAGGGUCCUGGGUCCCCCGCUGGUGGGCUGGGUGCUCUCCUGGAUGUAACCAAGCUGUCCCCAGAAAAGAAGCCCACAAGGGGACGCCUGCCUUCCAAGACCAAGAAGGAGUUCGUCUGCAAGUUCUGUGGCCGCCACUUCACCAAGUCCUACAACCUCCUUAUCCAUGAGCGGACACACACCGAUGAGCGGCCCUACACCUGUGAUAUCUGCCACAAAGCCUUCCGGAGGCAAGACCACUUACGGGACCACAGAUAUAUCCACUCCAAAGAGAAGCCCUUCAAGUGUCAGGAGUGUGGGAAAGGAUUCUGCCAGUCCAGGACUCUCGCUGUCCACAAGACGCUACACUCACAGGUGAAGGAGCUCAAAACCUCCAAGAUCAAAUGCUAAAGAGAGCCUCCGGGUCACCAGCACCCUGGGUCACGCUGCCCCUUCCUCCAGAGGGACCUGAAGCCGAAGGCGACUCCGGCGGGCAGCGGGAGGGGUUCCCGGGACCUUUCCCUAUCCCAAAUUUGUCCCCUGGGUCCCGGGCGCACGCGGAACUCGAGAGCCCCGCCCCGAGCCGUGACCCCAGCCACCCGGGCGGCUCCCCCAGGACGCGGCUAAAGUCUUGGCCAAAAGGCGGUACUCACGUGGCGGAAGGGAAACUGCAUUUAAAAAAAGAACGAAAGCUCCGCGGAGCCGCAGCGGCGCCUCUCCCAGAAGUAUUACUUUUUCUAUUGUUAUUUUAUACGUUUUCUUUAUUAUUAUUUUUUUUUCUUUGACCAUAUAAGCUUGUAACUCUGCCUGCGGAGAGAGAGGGGAGAGGGAAAGAAGUUCUGCGCGUUCGCAGCUUUCACCCCCUCCUCCCGUCCCCAUCCCCACCCCGGGGAGCCUGCAAAAGUGUAAUCCAUGUAUCUGCUUCAGCAGCCCGGCCCUGGGACCGCGGGGCCGCGGAUGCCCCCUCCCUGCGCCGCCGCGCGGCCGCGGGUCCUUGGCCCUCGGACU